AUGCCGGGCACCGUUGUCGCUGCCGUCCAACGGCUACCACUACUCUCGGGCGAGUCAUGGAAGCGCCUCAUCCGCGCACUUGUCCUUCUCUUCAAGCGCUCUUUGGAGAACCCACAGGUGGCGGAGCUAUUCAGAUUCAUCUUCCUCGGGACUAUUGUCGAAACGAGCCGCGUUAUUGGCGUAAAGAUGGUCUCCUUUGUGAACAGCUUCUUCCUCGUCAAGGCAUCCUUCAAGCAGGGAGAGUUGUCCUACGAAUGGGUCUCGGCAUACCUCGAGCAGCACAAAGUCUGGAACAAGUCGCGCACCUUCCGCGUCAUCGCCCGCAACGGCAGAAACAUCACCAACCGCGACAUGGCCCUCGCGGGUAACGAAGACGGCUACCCAGACCCCGUUUAUGAGCCCAGCGUCAGCGAGCCCGAGCUCUUCUGGUGGCGCGGCCGCCACUGGAUAACGAUCAGCAAAGACGAAAAGGAAGGCGCCUCGACGCUCACGCUGCAGGUCUGGAGCCGCAACAGGAGCGUGCUCGACGAGUUUAUCAAGGAGGCCAGAGAGCAGUAUAAAACCUCGCAGACUCCCCCACCCAGGAUAGAUUAUGACUGGUCGCAGUCGCUCAUUGUGGCGCACUUUAACCAGGCGGACUUCAGCUACGACUGGGUCCUGGACUAUCUCCAGUCCGAAAAUGUCAUGGCAGACGCAAACGAGUUUACUGUCUCCACAAAACAGAACGAUGUUGGCUGGAACCGCGAGGACCCCAACCAGCUCGUCCGAUAUGUCCCUUCGUCGAACACAAAACAGCGCUUGUGUUGGCGCGGGAAUUGGAUGCAGGUCGAAUUCGUUAUUGGUUAUGAGGACAGCAAUGGCCGUACCUCUGGUGGCUCCAUCAACAUCACCUUGCACUCUACCGACCGCACUCUCCUCACGACUUUCAUCGACGCCGCUCGCGUCCACUAUACCCAAGCGAGCAUCUCCCGCGUCACUGUCCAUUUGACGGACAACUACGGUAGUUGGGCACGGGCAGUGACGAAGAACAGGCGCGCAUUCAGCACACUCAUCUUACCGACUGGGGUCAAGGAAACAUUGCUGGCGGACGCAAAGGAGUUUUUGGCGAGCGAGGAGUGGUACACGUUUGCGGGUGUGCCCCAUCGGAGGGGGUACUUGCUGUAUGGCGAGCCGGGGACGGGGAAGAGCUCAACUAUCCAUGCUAUUGCGGGAGAACUUGGGCUGGAGAUAUACUUCAUAUCUCUUGCUGCUCCUGGAAUCGACGAUUAUACUCUGGGUCGCCUCAUUCGCGAUACUCCUUCACGGUGUAUCCUGCUUAUUGAGGAUAUUGACUGCGCUUUUCCUUCUCGCGAAGAAGAUGAAGACGAGGAGCCACUGCUGGACUCGAAAGGCAACCCUAUUCCCCGAGAGCCAGUUCCUCCGCGUUCACAGGUCACGCUUGCUGGCCUACUCAAUGUGCUCGACUCCGUGGCAAGUGAGGAGGGCCGGCUGACAUUUGCUACGACAAAUCACAUCGAAGCACUAGACCCCGCGCUCAUCCGCCCUGGUCGCAUGGACCUCAAAAUCCAGUAUGGCCUCGCAACGACAGAGCAACUGGAGCAGAUGUUCGACCGGUUCUACCCAUACAAUGCCGAGCUCGCGGACGAUGCGGGCCCCGCAAUCGGAUGCUACUACGACUCGAGCGUUGCGCCUCCGCUGCCCCGCGUCCGGCUGUCAGCAGAAGCGCUGCUUUCGCUGGGCACCCAGUUCGCCGCGGCGGUCCCGCCGAGCCGGUACUCGAUCGCGCAGCUGCAGGGGUACCUGCUGAGCUGGAAGAACGACCCGCAGGCGGCGCUGGCGGGCGUGGGCGGGUGGAUGGAGCGGCAGCAGCGCGAGAAGCAGGAGAUUGAGGAGAUGAAGAAGCGCAGGAGAAGGGAGGCCGCGGCGAGGCGGGAGGCGGAGGAAAGGUUGGAGAGGGAGGAGGAGAGGAGGGCGGCGAGGGGCAGUGGGCAGGCGAGUGAGGAUGGGGAAGUGGUUGUGGAUAGUAAAAAGAAGGAGGAGGACAGUGGACAGACGUCGCCGGGGCUGGGUGUCCAGGAGAUUGUUACAGGUUAG